UAACAGAAUCAUACAACUGUACCUUUCAACUUGAUUUUAGAGAAAAACUGAUUCAUGCCUCUUUAUAAUCUCAUACUACAAAGACUGUCAAAUGGGCUAACUGAAGCUCAAUAAAAUGAAGAUGGAGGCAUCAAAGACGGAUGAACACGAGCCAUUCCACAAUGAAUGGAAGCUUACAUGGAGAGCAGUAAUGGCCUUAUUCGUUGUAAUGGUUGCAGGGUUGAUGGUGAGGUUUAUAGUCAUUGUGUUUGAACACCUGAAGCAUCAGAAUACUGUGGGGAAGGCCUUAAUGGCCAUCUUUUUCACUGUUAUUCUGAUUCCUUUGGCGGUUUUGCUGGUGUACUCCAUCCUGCUUGAUUGUAUCAAUACUUAUGCAGCAGUUAAGAGUUGGAUGCUCCAGAAAAAUGCAUCAUCUACAAAUAGUAGCAGUUCAGUGUCAAAAGAAGAAGAGCCACAAAGUACAGGAGCAGCAGAUCAAGUGUAACCAUGUCAACAAAUUAUUACUAUCAAAAAUCA